CAAGAGAUGGUGAGUGUGUCCAGCAAUUGCAACAACAUGGCAGAAUCCUCUGAUGAUCAAAAUCCAUUUAACUGUCCAAUCUGUCUUCACCUUCUGAAGAAUCCAGUAAGUACAUCAUGUGGGCACAGUUUCUGUAUGGACUGUCUUAAUGAGUGUUGGGAUAGGGAUGAUCAGAAAGGCGUUUACAGCUGCCCCCAGUGCAGGCAGACGUUCAGCCCAAGACCAGUUCUCAGCAGAAACACUGUGUUGUCUGAAGUUGUAGAGAGAAUGAAGAGAGAAGCACCAGAAGCAGGAACAGCCUCUCCUGUCCUGAGUUUUGCUGUGUCUGGAGAUGUCGAGUGUGACAUCUGCACAGAGACCAAACUAAAAGCCUUCAAGGCUUGUCUGGUGUGUUUGGCUUCUUACUGUGAAUCUCACAUCAAAACUCAUUAUACAUCUCCUGCAUUAAAAUGGCACAAACUAGCCAAUGCCUCUCCACAUCUACUGGACCAGAUCUGCUCCCAACAUCAUAAACCUCUGGAGCUGUACUGUUCCCAAGAUCAGCAGUUGAUAUGUGUUCAGUGCGCUUUGAUCAACCACCAGAACCAUAACUUGACUUCACCUGCAGCAGAAAGACAAAAAAUACAGGGGCGGUUGCAAAAUCAAGAUGGCCUACAAAGAGAAAUACAUCAGCGAGAGUUGAAGGUACAGGAAUUAAGAGAAGCUGUGGACUCUCAUAAGCGCUCUGCAGAAGCAGCCGUGAAGCACAGCGAGAAGGUAUUUACGGAGCUGAUCAGCUCAAUGGAGAAAAGACGAGUCAAGAUAACAGACAUGAUCAGAGCUCAGGAGAAAUCAGAAGUAAGCAGAGUUGAGGAACUCGUACUAACAUUGGAGCAGGAGAUCAGUGAUCUGAGGAAGAAGCAUGCUGAACUGGGGCAGCUUUCUCUGAUAGAGGAUGACAUCUAUGUUAUUCAGAAUUUCUUAUCUGUUUCCCGCUACCAAUGUUCAAAUUUGUGUGACAUCUCCAUCAGCCAACAUCUGACAUUUGAGGAAAUAGAAACAGUUGUCAGUGACCUGAAAAGUCAACUGGAUGAUCUCUGUGAACAAGACAUUUUGUGGAUAUCAGAGAAAGUUCCAACUAUCCAUAUAAUGGUGAAUAAUGAGAAGAUCACAGCAUAUUUGCCAUCUAAACCCAAGAACAGAGAAGAGUUCUUUAUAUAUUCCUCUGAACUGAAUCUGAACCACUCAUCAGCCUGUACUCAGCUCUCUGUAAAAAAUAACAAGUCUGUGUCAAGGCGUGAUGUUCAGCAAAGCACAGAUUCAUGGAAUCCAGUUUUGAACCAAUCAGUUUUGAAUUCAAUUUCUAAACGUACAUACCAGGUAUUGUGUAAAGAGAGUCUAUCUGGACGCUGUUAUUUUGAAGUUCAGUGGGGAGGAACAGGAUGCUCUAUUGCAUUCUCAUAUGACCAGAUUAAUAAAGGUGGAGGAACAUUUAUCUUUGGCUCUAACAACAGAUCCUGGAAAUGUGACUUUCCAGCAGCUAAUCUUUGUGUAUGGAAUAAUGGCCAACAGACCAACAUUAGCUUGGUCUCUAAAAUUGGAGUGUUUCUUGAUCAAGAAGCAGGAACUGUGUCAUUUUACAAUGUCUCUGAUAAAAUGACCCUCCUGCACAGAAUCCAGACCACAUUUUCUCAGCCUCUCUAUACUGGGUUUUCAUUUAAGGAUUGGAAAAAUUACUCAUCAGUGACUAUUUGUGAUUUAGCAAAUCAAAAUGAGUAAAUCUGUACUAACAGUGAUAGUUAGUAAAUGUUUAAUGGGUCCGGGACCCUCACUCUCAUAAAACAUAUACAUUACUCUGAACAAGUAUACAAUUACGAUUUCUUAGUCUUUUAAAAAAAAUUAAAUUAUCACAUUCUUAAGUAAAUUUAUUAUUUACAAAAUCACAACACAGUCCAACCAUAAUUUUUAAUCUGUUAUCCUCAUCCGGAAACUCUACUCAAAUAAUCACCCCGAAUUAGUUAUUUGUUUUCAAAAACAUAGGAAAUGUGAACUGGCAUGUUUUUACAUUAACAAUAACACACGUUUCACUUUUUAUAAACUCAUACCUGAAAUAUCAGGAGUAAUAAAUGCACACUCAAACUUCAAUGGCUUUCCCCAGGCUCAGCUUGUUAGUGUCUGAGGUAAACACAGCGCGCCUCACCAUGGCAAGCCACAGUGUACAAUCAACUUUUUUCCCUUUU